AGCGUAGAAAAUGAAGCUAAAGGAAAUUGAGCGAACAGCUGUCCAGGCGUGGAGUCCAGCAAACAACCACCCCAUUUAUCUAGCAACAGGAACGUCUGCCCAGCAACUGGAUGCAUCCUUCAGUACAAAUGCCACCUUGGAAAUAUUUGAGGUUGACUUCAGGGAUCCCUCCCUGGACAUGAAGCAGAAAGGAACACUUCCUGCCUCAAACAGGUUUCAUAAGCUGAUCUGGGGUAACUUUGGAAAUGGGUCCUCAGAGUCCUCUGGAGUUAUCGUUGGUGGAGGGGAUAAUGGUGUACUGACAAUGUACAGUGUGCAUCGCGUCUUGGCAUCAAAGAGCGAGCCUGUAAUUGGGCAGACAGAGAAGCAUUCAGGUCCUGUUCGAGCUCUUGAUUUCAACCCUUUCCAGAGUAACCUCUUGGCUUCUGGAGCCAAUGAUUCUGAAAUUUUCAUCUGGGACUUGAAUAACUUCAGUGUGCCUAUGACUCCAGGUGCUAAAUCACAGCCUCAUGAAGACAUCAGGGUGGUGUCCUGGAAUCGGCAGGUGCAGCACAUCCUGUCCUCCGCUCACCCCAGCGGCAAGGCUGUGGUUUGGGACCUCAGGAAGAAUGAGCCUAUCAUCAAAGUCAGUGACCACAGCAACAGAAUGCAUUGCUCGGGAAUGGCCUGGCAUCCAGAAGUUGCAACCCAGCUAGUCCUUUCCUCUGAGGAUGACCGCUUGCCAGUGAUCCAAAUAUGGGACUUACGUUUUGCUACCUCUCCUUUGAGCCAGCUGGAAGGGCACACGAGGGGAGUUCUCUCUGUCUCUUGGUGCCAGGCUGACCCUGAACUGCUGCUGAGUAGUGCCAAAGACAACCGGAUCUUGUGCUGGAACCCAAGUAUGGGGGAGGUGGUUUAUGAGUUGCCCAUUCGGAGUCAGUGGUGCUUUGAUGUCCAGUGGUGUCCUAGGAAUCCUUCAGUCUUCUCUGCUGCCACGUUUGAUGGGUGGAUCAACAUUUAUUCUGUUAUGGGUGGGAACUUAGAAGCUCAGCAGAAGACACAGGCUGACAAGAUCUCCUCGUCCUUCAACAACCUGGAUCCUUUUGGCACAGGACAGGUCCUUCCUCCUUUGCAGGUGCCAGAGCAAGUAGCUCAGACCACCUUGAUUCCACCAUUAAAAAAGCCACCCAAGUGGAUUCGCAGACCUGUGGGGGUUUCAUUUGCAUUUGGAGGAAAACUUAUUUCCUUUGGUCUUACUAAAGCUCCUGGACAGCAGAUGCAGCAGACUUACCCACACCAGGUAUUCAUCAGUCAAGUCACUACUGAAAUGGAAUUCCUGCUCCGAUCCAGAGAACUGCAGAUGGCCUUGCAGUCAGGGAACCUCCUUGAUUACUGCCAGGGCAAGAUCCUGACAGCCAAGUUGCCGUUUGAUGAGAACCUUUGGAAUUUCUUGAAGGUGAAUCUGGAGCCGGAGUCCAGGACUAAACUCCUCAAGCUGCUGGGCUACAGUAAAGAGGAUCUGCAAAAAAAGAUCACCUCAUGUUUGAAUAAUGGGAUCCCAGAUAAACAGCCCCUUCCCGAGGCGGAUGAAACAAGUGCUGCACAGCCAGAUCAGCUUUUGAUAAAUUCCAGUGAUGAUGUAGCUGCUGUUUCCUCCUCUUCAGCCUUUUUUGACAGCCUUGUCCCACAGAAUAUGAACACAUUGGAGAUUCCUGUCACAGGAGAUACGGAUGGACUCAUCAGCCAAGCCCUUUUGCUGGGGAAUUUCCGGGGCGCAGUGGAGCUGUGCAUGCGGGCAGAGCGCUUUGCAGAUGCCAUCAUCUUAGCUAUAGCUGGUGGGGAGAACCUCCUAAAGGAGACCCAGAAGCGCUACUUUGCCAAGCAUAAGACAAAACUCUCCCUGCUGCUUUCCUCCAUUGUGCAGCAGAACUGGAAAGAUAUUGUUUGCAGUUGUGAUCUACAGAGCUGGAAGGAGGCACUGGCCAUCUUGUUAACCUACUCAAAGCAUGAGGACUACACCCAGCUUUGUGACAUGCUGGGUGCCCGUCUAGAGUCGGAGGGAGAUGCAGCCCUGUCCAAUGAUGCCUGCCUCUGCUAUAUCUCAUCAGGCAAUGUGGAGAGGUUGGUGGAAUGCUGGGUAAAAAACCAUGAGACUUCAUCACCACUUGCCCUGCAGGAUCUCAUAGAGAAGGUGAUGGUGCUGAGCAGGUCCAUUGAGAUGCUCCGAGGCACAGCAGGACCAGAACCAGGCCCUGUCUUGGCAGAACGAGUCACCCAAUAUGCCAGUCUCCUGGCAUCACAAGGAUGCUUGGCAGCCGCAAUGAAUUACCUACCCAACAGCUCUNUUCAGCUCCUGAUUGAACAGCUCCGAGACCGGCUUUUCCAUGCUCAAGGAGAGAAUGUGGGUGAUCAGCAGCCACCCCCUUUUCCCCACACUCGUGUCAAUGUAGGUAUCAUGAAACACACAUCUCCAUCAGCCAAGGGUGGUUCCACCUCUGAAGGAGCAGCCCACAAAACAGGUCCCAGACAUCCAGAGAAGGCCAGCACGGGUCCACAAGCAAGUGUCUAUUCCAGAGGGCCCCCGUACCCACAGUACAACUUGGGCUUGGUUCCAGCAGCCGUUUCAGGGCCAGGUAAGCAUCCAUCAGAAUAGUUUGCACAUGAAACAAGUGAUGCUGAUCCACUCUUUCUUGGUCCUGCUUCCUUCCCCAGUCAGCCUUCUCUGCCAGGACAGUCCAUGCCCAUGACAUCUCCUGGUGUUCCACCACCUGGAUCUACCCUCUUCACUCCAGCCACAGUCCCAUCGUCUCAGCUUCCUGCAGCCUGUCCUCUCCCUGUGGCAAGCCAGUCUCCUCUAGGUUUCUCUUCAACACCUUUCAACUGCCCCAUGAACAUGGGUUACCCUCAGGGAGGUCCUGGAGCUCCAUCUACUAAGCCUCUGCCAGCAGCCAGCAUUCCUCCACCUCCCACAGGUUUCUUCCCUUGGCUAGAUCCCCACGCAGAUCAUGCAGCUCAGGAAUCUUGGACUGAUCCCUCUACUGUAAGAGGAGGCCUUCAAAAGAAAAAGUUGCCUGAGAAAUUUACUCCUCUGGCCCCCAUCACAGCUCCAGUAAUGAGCCUGCCUGCUGAGCCCCAAGGGAUCCAUCCUCAGCUGUCCAGGUUGCAGGAAUCUGUCCAGUCACCCCCAGGAGCACCCAAGGAAGGCAGCCUGCAGUAUCACCAGCUACCUGUGGAGAGGGUUGAGAGGAAGGAGGUGCCCCCUGAGCACCAGGCUCUGAAGACCACAUUUGAAGGGUUGGUGCAACGCUGCUCUGCUGUCGCCGCUGAUCCAAAAACCCGAAGGAAGCUGGAGGAUGCAUUGCAGCGGCUUGAGUGUUUGUACGAGAAGCUCCGCGAGCAGGCGCUCUCUCCAACCAUCCUCAUGGGUCUCCAUGAAAUUGCCCACUGCAUUGAGGCUAGGAACUAUCAACAAGGUCUCCUGGUUCAUACCCAAGUAGUGAGCAGCAGCAGUUUCAGUGAGGUGUCUGGUUUCAUGCCCAUCCUGAAAGUCCUCAUGACCAUUGCUGGCAAGCUGAAUGUGUAAAGCAUGGAGCAGCUGAAACAGUGCACACUGAGACCUGGUGGACUCUUCACCUAAUGAUGUGCUGCAGGUUACGGACUCUCCUUCUGACUAUGGAGAAAUAAGUCUGUACCAGUGCCUGGAGCUGUGCUGGGCCAGCGCGCCUGGCCCCAUCCACUCUCCAGACAGCCAACUGGGGCCUGGAACUCCUGGAGACUGUUCUUUCUCUCUCUUCUUUCUCACUAGUCUGAGGCCGCUUCCCAGCCCAAGGAUCUCAAUUUCAGGCUGUCUAGGUUGCACAGAGAUCCUCCCUCUUCCCUGUUUCCCUGGCACAAAGGGGAAACAACUUCCUACCCAGACUGAUGUUGCUUUCUUUUUUAGGACGGGGCUGGCACCUGCAGC